AUGUCCGUUAGAGCGUAUUUGUCGCUGGCCCAUCAAAUCUCAUUUUCCAGGCUCACCGGUUGCCUGGGAAACCCGAAAAACGGGACGAACAUGAUGGGAAAAUGGAUGCGUCUCGACUGGAAUUGCGAAUGGCUCGAAACGGGCACGAUGUGUCUCACAACGCUGAAAACCGCGUCGUGUUUGAAUUCCACCCAAUUUUCCUAUCAAUUUUGGCGAUUCGCCGAAAAAUCGCAAUGCGUUUUCGACGAUUUCGCGCCAACCAACUGCUCGCCGCCGUUUCUUCGCGGCAAUUUGUGCGAAAACGUCGUCAAAUUCGUCAAAUCGUCGGAGAAUUUCACAUUUUUCGAGUUGUACAAAUCAAAUUGCUUUCAAAUCGAGCAUCUCAUCAAAUCGGCGUUGAGCAUUCCAGAAAACUCAACAAUCUGCAAUUGCCUUGACGACGCGCAUCAGAAUUGCGAUCGAAAUUUGAUUGUGAUCGCUUCGGGACCAAUUCGACGAAAUUCCAGCUGCGUGCUGCCGACGACUGCCGAUUUUCAGCUAACCGAAGCUAAUGGCUAUAUCACUUCCGCUGUUGUCAUAUGGUCCGACUUCGCCGACGUCACCGACGACGGUUUCGACAUAAUCACGCUUCGCAAGAACGUCAUAUUUCAAAUAGCUGUGCUCGGCGAGCCGAAAUCAAUAUUUGCGUCAAAACGCGGCCGAUUUCAUUGCCCAUCUGAAACCAGCUGCAUUCUCGAGAUCCUCUAUCCGUUCACUUAUUUCACCACAUUCGACACAUCUCACCAGAUCGCUAUCGCCUUCAUAAUUGCCCUCAUCGCCGUCAAUUUUCGAAGUUGA